AUGGCCGACACUUUGGGAAAUUCUACUCACAAAAACAAAGGGAAGGGGAAAGCGCAGGAGCCUAAGAACAACGCGUCAAAGCAGACCUCUGGCUACACGGUCAGGAAAUUGAAUCCUCGACGUCCUUUCCCGACUGUUCCCUCCUCUGUCUCCGCGACUGGUCCCCGCUCAGCCCAUACAGAAGGCAAGAAUUAUAUUUGCAUUUCACGCAAAACCCCACUUGCAGCAUACCUGCGCCGAUGCAAGGACAUUAUCCUCAAGGACGGGUACAAAUCUCUCCACCUUAGUGCGAUGGGCGCAGCCAUUCCGCACCUCCUGCUUCUGUCAACCUCCUUACCCUCUAUCCUUCCCUUUAGUCCCGACGAAAUCCAUACCGAGGUCCGUACGGGAACCGUGGAGGUGCAAGACGAGCUAAUUCCCGAAGAUGAGGACGAGGAUAUCUCGUACCGCACGCGGGGAAAAUCUAGCUUGAGUAUAGUGAUCAAGAUUGGCGAAGGUGAUCCGGAGGAUGAGCCAAGGGUAAGUAAUGGGAAGGGUAAAGGGAACGGAAAGAGGAGUGCUGGCGCGCAAGGCGGUGGGGAGGGGAAGAGGAACAAGACCUCGACGCCAGAGGGAGGGAAGGAGGAUGCGAUCGUCUUCCAGGAGCCUGAGCAGGAAAACAUGGAUGAAUCAUAG